UUGUUGAAAGUGUCUCCAAAACUAUUCUUUUGAAGGCUCUCUGUUGAUUUCUUUUUUAAGGUCCAUUUGAAUUUGAUAAGUCCAAAAAAGUGAUUGAAGUGCCUCGAGUUUCCCAAAGAAGUCCAUUUGAAUCUAGAAAGGCAAAAAAAGUGGUUGGAGUGGCUCAAGGUUCUAAGGGAAAUCAAACUAGUCCAGUUGGAUAUGAUAGGGCAGAAAAUAUGACUGAAGUGUAUCGAGAUGUUCAGAGAAGUGAUACUAGUCUAUGAAAGUCUAAAAAGGCAAAAAAAGUGAUUGAAGUGGCUGAAGAUGCUACGAGAAAUCAAACUAGUCCAUGUGAAUAUGAUAGGACAACCAAGGGGAGGGGAACAAACAUUUGUAAGCAUAUUUUGUGAUUAAGACCUGGAGAAAAGUUAAAAGUCACUUUCUAUCAAAAUCGAGUUGUUGGGCCGAAUCACACCUCAUUUACGAGACACUUGGGUUUGCUAGUUCUUCAUCGUAAUAUGUGCCCAUUGCGGGUACACUCAUGGAUGGAUAUUGAAGAGCAUAAAAUUGAGCAUAUGUGGGCAGUUGUUACAGAAAAGUUUGACUGUGAUAACAUGAAUGAUCAAAGAGAUAAUGUUUUGCAACAUAUGAGAAAGCUUUGGAACAAUUGGAGAGGAUCGUUGCACAAGAAUAUGAAAUCCAAUUCAUUGCACGAGGUUCUAAAAGAUGUGUCGAUAGGAGUAGACAAGAGUGAUUGGGAAUGGUUGGUCAAGGAAGAUUUUUUAUCUGAUAAGUUUAAGGCUGAAAUUCAAGAGCUUGUACAAUCUGAACCGUCUCUUACUAAUAUUGAGGUAGUGGAAAGGUGCUUUGGACCUCAAUGCAAAAGUCAUGCUGUUGGAUUUGGUGGUGGGAUAACCACUAAGGAGUUGAAAGGUGGUAGUACUUCUAAGGCUGUAUUGUUGGAAGAACUGAAAAUAACUCGCAAAGAAAAGGAAUCACUACAAAAGCGUAUUGAUAUUCUAGAGAGUAAAUAUGAUCGCCUUGAAAGUAUAGUGGUUCGUCAGCAUCCACACCUCCAUCACAUCCACCAUUGGUCUGUCUUUCUAUGA